AUGGGCUUGGGGGACUUCUUCAACGAAAAGCUCAACAACGGCUUCUCGGCUGUCUUGACUGGCAUAGUCGCUCUUUCUACGCUCUUUACCAUUUUGUUGCUUACGUUGCCAAAACAAUAUGACCCGUACGAGGACAAGGCCAUCAAGUACGUCGACGAAAAUGGGAAGGAAAUCCAAGUAAAGACAAAAGAUGGCAAAACGGCUCUGAGAUGGAAGCAGGGCCGGACGGUGCAGAUUCUUGUCUUGGGCGACAUUGGACGAUCUCCCCAUGCUGAGUCAUGUGCAGAGUCAGAGAUACAUCCAGACAUCGUCUCGAACCCCUUGAUUGAAGUCGUGCCCUUGGUCCCAGCACCGGAAAGUCUUCGCCCCAGCAGUAAACUGCUUUUCCCUAUCAUAGCGCCACUCAAAGUGCUUUGGCAAGUCUAUUCACUCUGGAGAGCACUGGGCUAUAGAAGCGGUCCUGCGCGAUGGAUGUUUGUGCAGAACCCACCAUCAAUCCCAACUCUCGCUGUAGCAGGUCUGCUGUGCUUCUUACGGAACACUGACCUUGUUAUCGACUGGCAUAACUUCGGCUACUCCAUUCUCGCGCUUAAGCUAGGUGCCUCGCAUCCACUUGUCAAAAUCUCGGCCUUGUAUGAGAAGCUGUUUGCGAAAGCCGCAGCACAUCACAUCACAGUAACAAAUGCAAUGGCACGGGUGCUGAGAGAUGACUACGGCGUCACUGCACAAGCCCUGCAUGACCGUCCAGCGUCACUCUACAGACCUAUCAGCUCCCAAGAGAAAGCUAAAUUCCUUGCUCGAUUACCCGAAACAGCACAGUAUGCACAAGAUCUACUACCUUCGUCCAAAACACCCUGGAGGCUCAUCGUUAGCUCCACCUCCUGGACCGCGGACGAGGACUUUUCCCUACUACUUGAGGCGCUGAGCCAGUAUUCUGCCGAAGCCACGUCGAAAGUCCAUCUGCCAAAAAUCGUGGCUAUCAUCACUGGUAAAGGUCCUCAGAAGGAGCACUACCUCGAAAAGAUACGAAAGCUCAACCAAGAGAACAAGUUAAUCAACGUCGUCAUCCUAACAGCCUGGCUCACACCCGAAGACUACGCCCUGCUUCUCGCCUCCGCGGACCUUGGUGUAUCACUCCACACUUCCUCAUCCGGCGUGGACCUACCCAUGAAAGUCGUCGACAUGUUUGGCGCUGGACUGCCUGUCGUCGGAUGGGGCAAGUUCGAGGCGUGGCCAGAACUAGUCAAAGAGAACGUCAACGGCAAGGGCUUCGAAAGCUCACAGCAACUAGCCGAGCAGCUCAUCGAUCUCUUUGGUGAAAGCGAUGCGUUACUCAAGCAACUGAAAGAAGGCGCGCUGAAAGAGAGCGAGAAUAGAUGGGAUGAUGAAUGGGAUAAGGUAGGAGGGCAGUUGUUUAAGCUCAUAUAA